AUGCCUGCAAUCAAAGACAUAAACAUCGUUAAAAUAGCUGUAGAGAUGGAGGAUCAAGUGCCCCAACUUAUCGAGUUUGAUCAAAAGCGUCCACUGGCUGCCAUAAUUCAAGAUUUAUGCACGACAUGGGGUUUAACUGAAGCUGACCAAUACGCUCUUCAAUUUUCUGACAAUGCACACAACUACAUUACUGAGAAAAAUAGGAAUGAAAUAAAAAAUGGGAGUGUUUUACGACUAACUUAUUCUUCCACUAAGACUGCUCAAGAGAUUCUAGAAAAGCUAAAUUUUGGUACUCAAGAUGAGAAAAAAGGAGUUUUAAGAAAACUAGCGAAAUUAUCUGCAGAUUAUACUUUCGCCCUGGAAUUCAUAAAUAAACAAGGCUCAAAUUUCCUUAUUUCUAUGAUUGAAGGCGGAAAUUUUACAGGUGAGCUUAUGGCAUUAACGCUUCAAUCAUUUGUUGAAUUAAUGGAACAUGGUAUUGUGUCAUGGGAUAAUCUACAGGACAAAUUUAUUGGAAGAGUUGCAAAUCAAGUGAAUUCUCAAACUUCAACUCAAGAUUCUAGAUCAUUACAAGCUUCUCUUGCGAUUUUAGAAUCUUUGGUUCUAAGUAGUUCUGGAAAAUAUCCUUUAGUAGAGCAAGAAGUUACUUUGCCAUCUUUAAUUAUGCAUUUACAUUCUACUAUACCGGAAAUUCAGCAAAAUGCUAUAGCUUUAAUCAACGCCUUGUUCUUAAAAGCAGACGCAACUAAAAGACAUGCUGUUGCUGCAACAUUGACUUCUAAACAAAUAAGGAAUGUAAUCUUGACUCAUAUUAUUCAGACACAACAUGUUGGUGCCGAAAUGGCUCACCAACUUUAUGUUCUUCAAACAUUAUUGUUUAAUUUAUUAGAAGAAAAAAAAAAGCGUAAAUUGGAUCCACAGGAGCCAGAAGCAAGAGAAAAAAUUUUAGAGCUUCGCAAAAUUGCUUUCGAUACAGAUGCCGAGAUUGUUAAUUCGACUGGGCGUAAAGGUGGCGGGUACUCGAAAGAUUAUAAAAAGCUUGGUUUCAAAAAUCAUGUGAAUCCUGCUGAAGAUUUUACCGAAAUUCCUCCCGGAAUGCUCGCUUUGGAUAAUAUGAUUUAUUUUGCUCGGAAUCACACGGAAAGCUAUACGAAAGUUGUUCUCGAAAAUUCCUGCAGGGCAGAUGAACACGAAUGUCCUUUCGGUCGUACAAGUAUUGAGCUUACAAAAUUGUUGUGUGAAAUACUUAAAAUUGGAGAACCUCCUACUGAGCAAGGUAAAACAUUUUAUCCUAUGUUUUUCACUCAUGACCAUCCAUUUGAAGAAUUCUUUUGCAUUUGCAUCAUUCUUUUGAAUAAAACCUGGAAAGAGAUGCGUGCUACAACAGAAGAUUUUCCCAAGGUGGUUAGUGUUGUCAAAGAACAAAUAACCAGAGCUUUAAAUACCGAUCCUCCUCCAUCAACACUUGAUUCUUUUAAGUCAAAACUUGCUACACUAACAUAUAAUGAAAUUACGAAUUUAUGGCAGCAAGAACGAUCAAACAGGGAAGAGUGGGAGUCGCAGGCCAGGCCGAUUGUUGAACUGCGUGAGCAAAUUACUCCGGAAAUAAGGAACUUAAUACAAGAUCAAAGGUUGCAGUAUUUAUGCGAGGGCACAAUGUUUACAAAAUAUUCAAAUAAAGGACAGAGAAUAAAAGAUAAAUUUUGGUAUUGUCGCUUAUCUCCUAACCAUAAAGUAUUUCAUUAUGGAGACUGUGAUGAAAAUCGUGGAGUGCCGGGCUUGGAAGAGCUGCCACAUAAAUUACAAGUUAUUGAAGUCAAGGCUCUAGUUGUUGGCAAAGAAUGUCCUCACAUGAAAGAAGUGAAACGUACAAAGUCGACUCUGUCUCUGGCAUUUUCCCUUAUUCCUGACUCUGAUCAAGAACCUUUGAAUUUUGUUGCUCCUAAUGAUAAAGAAUUUGAUUAUUGGACAGACGGAAUAAAUGCUUUAAUAGGAAAUAAAAUGAUGAGUAAGGAAACAAAGCAUGAUUUAGAGACUCUUUUGAGCAUGGACAUAAAAUUGAGACUUUUAGAUACUGAAGGUGUUGAUAUUCCUGAAAAUCCUCCAAGUAUUCCUAAAGAUCCUCCAAAUUAUGAUUUCUGCUAUGAUUUUAAAUAAGUUGCUAAAAACACGAACUAAACUUAUUAAUGUGAUUGAUAGUUUUACUCUAUAGAACAUUUUUACUCUUUUUAUGUCACAACAAUCAUUUGCGGUAUAUUCAUUGCAUGCUUUUCAAAAGCUAAAUUUCAUAAGAUUUAGUAUUUUACCAAUUAUAUUUCUCAUAAACUGAAACACUUCCUUUAUUAUUAUUAUUAUUGAAAAUCAUGCAUGUGAUGUUCUCUUAAAAAAAUUAAAAGUGCCAGUGGACAAAUAAUGAACCUGUCCAUAGCAAAGCAGAGAAUCAAGCCCUGUGUAUUGGCUUUGUGUAGGCCAAUAACCAUAAGCAAAACUUCUCAGCCACUGAAACCAUAAAUUGUUUCUUACUCUUUCUAAAUCAAAUUAUUAAAUAAUUUUCAUGGUUUUUGUAAUUUUUUGAUUUCUUGAUUAAUUUGUCAUCAUUUGUCUUAAAUAAUGCCAAAUUAUAAAAUUCUGAACAAAAGCUGGAGAAUACUACAUGCAUGAGCUAUCAUCAGAUUGAAUUUUUCAUAUACUGAUGGAGUCUGCUAGUCAAAUAUGUUUUUUAAUCGUGCUGUAAUUUUCUGUAUAUUAUCUGCCUUGGCAUAGGACGGAAUAAAAAUCAUCCCGAAGAGGAAAAAAAAUUAGAAUAAUCCUUUAUAAUCAGGGGUCUGGCCAGAGGAAAUUUGGGUCCGUUGACGGACCCUUCACAAAAAUCUAAUCAAACAAAAAGGACCUUUCACAAAAUCCCGAUCAGCCAAAACGGACCCUUCACAAAAUUCUGAUAAAUAAAAACGGAUUUUUUUCAAGUUGUUUAUUGAAAGAGCAAAUCUGAAAUACAUAUUUCUGAGUAUAGAACCAAGAAUUUUUAGAACCUUUUUCAGGGUGGCGACAGA